CCUAGCCUACGGCUUCGAGAUCAACAGGGUAUUGCUGCUGGACUGUCUAUGGGCGGACAGCGGACUCCAACAACCUUAAAUACCGCUGCUUGGGGCACAAUCCUAUGACCCAGAAAUAGCUCACAACACAGACCUCUCUGCAUCUCUUCUUCCCUUCCAAGCUCCACCAGCCUUUUUCUUGGAACUCAAUCAGGCAAAGACAUGGCCGCCGAGAAGCACACCAUUGGCCUCGCCAUGGACUACUCGCCGUCCAGCAAGGCCGCCGCCAAGUGGGCGUUCGAUAACCUCGUGAAGGCCGGCGAUCGGAUCAUCCUGAUCCAUGUCCUCCCCAAAGGAACAGAUGCCAGCCACAAGGGGCUCUGGAAGAGCACCGGCUCACCUCUGAUCCCUCUGCUGGAGUUCAUGGAGAUGAACGUGCAGGCGAGGUACGGCGUCAAUCCUGACAAGGAGGUGCUGGAGAUCCUGCAAGCUGAAUCGAAGUCCAAGCAGGUAGAAGUACUGGCAAAAAUAUACUGGGGUGACGCAAGGGAGAAGCUUUGUGAGGCGGUAGAUGAUCUCAAGGUGGACUCCGUGGUGCUUGGUUGCAGGGGCUUAGGGCCCUUAAAAAGGGCACUCCUUGGAAGUGUCAGCAAUUAUGUAGUCAACAAUGCAACCUGCCCAGUUACGGUGGUGCGUGGACCAACUGGAUCAAAUGCUGCAUAAUGCUUCGUUAAAGAUAUCACUUCUGGAAUGAUAAGCUAGUCUGUGGGUCUGUUCGCGGUGCAGCUGUAUGCCUGUAUCUGAGAUGAUGCUGUCUAAGAGGAUAUUUGGCUCUGCCAGUUGGCCUUUUCAGAUUCUUCGUAAUAGUUGUCAUAGUGCAAUUUCAGUGCGUUUAUCUGUUACCUCCUACCCAUACAUUUCUGUCGUUUCUUAUAUACAGAGUAAAAAAAGCAUAUAACCUUGUUCAGUGGUGCA